AUGGGAGCAGCUUAUGUUUACAAUAUUCGCGUAUCGUUCCGACUGAUCCGCCGCGUGACUUCAGAAAGAAUCCCAAUUAAUGGAACGACACCUGAGAUAACUCAUCGGCUGUUGAAUCCGAAUUCCGAGCCGCUUCGAUACGACGGACAGAUAGGUUGUCACACAGUUCACCGAUCUGUGCACACGGCAUUUUCCGAAUUGAGAACGAUAUUUUGGGAUAUGCUUGACUCUGGCGCACCUCCCAGUCGUACUUUGCUGCUCUACUUCAACACCCCAAUUGCUAUGAUGCCCAGUUUCUUCUCGAUAUGUCUUCUGGAUAUGGCCACCGCAUGGGCGUUGUAUGGUUAUCCGUGA